CGACGCAGAGAAAUUGAUCUUCGGAAGUGAGGGAGCCGAAGAGAGGACGAGCGCAAAGAGAGAAAAGGAGAGACGAAGACUGAACAAUCUUCCAGAACAAUUCAUUGCGACUGUCAGAAAAUGUUGAAUUUGUUAUUUUAGGAGCAGGAGAAUAUCAUUGGCGGAUACGUGGUAGGGAUGGACAACAACUGUUAAUAAUUUUCAAUAUAAGCAGUUCAGAAGGUCAUCCAAUAUGGGGACAAGAGCAGCAGCAUUUACUGCCAAGAUACGGAAUCUCAAUGAUUUCCAUACACGGCUUCUCCAUGGGGUAGUUCCAGCUCCUUCCGGGCUGGACAUUGCAAAUACUUUGAAGUACUUCUCACAGACGCUACUAGGUGUACUACGAGAAAUACAGGAACGUCCUGUGGAUAUGCUUCGACAUCGAGAUCAAGAUACAAUUCGUCUUGCACUUUUUCCUAACCUAGACUAUGCAGGCUUACACCAGUCUAUUGUGGCAUUAGUUGAUAUAAUGCCCCUUAUACAGUAUGGCACUCAAGCUUUUGGCCAAGCAAUGCUAAAUACAUUGGCCUGUUUGGUGUUAUUCCUGGAACGCAAAGUGAUUGAUACGUUACCAUAUCUUGUUGCAUCGAUGAUGACCUCCAUUCCUGAGUCUCUCCACCAACAGCUCAUCACCAUCCUUUGCUAUCAUAUUUUGCCUGUCACAGUUGGUGCUCCGGCUGUCGAGGGUGAAGAAGAAAACUAUGCUGCAGCAUCUGUGCCGGCAGUUUUGAUGAUGAUCUUUCAGUACACAGAUAAUUCAGCAUACCACUGUCAGCUCCUAGAGUGUCUUAUGUCACUUAAGUCUGACAUUGCAAAGGACUUGCUUUGUGUGGUUGCAUAUGGGACUCCAACGUCUAGGUCUCCAGCUGCAAACCUCCUCUUCUAUUAUUGGCCAAGUCUAAAUCCAACCCUUUAUGACAGAAGGGGCAUACAUAUAAAAUUUAGUGGAUGGAAACCUCUCCUGUGCCAAAUAGAGGAAUGUGAUGGUGAUGGAACAUCAGAGGCUGUUAAAGUUUGCUUUGAUCAUGCUGUGUGCUUGGGAGCUUGUCCUGAAAAUCCUCCUCCAUUAUUCCUGUGCAUUGACUGUGCUGAAGAAAUUAGGAGAGAGCAUAGUACGGUUGAGUUCUUUGAUAUACUUAUGCCAAUGGCUCAAGUAUCUGCCACUUGUGAAAAUAAGAAUUGCCGCUCUACUGAAAAAAAUGCAAUUGCCACCUGCUAUAGUAUGGAAUGUGCAAGCUACAACAGCAAUCGACCUAUUCGCUACUGCAGUCAGUGCAACAACAUUCGUCAUAACAACCGUCGUGGGUUAGACCAUGUUGUCCACACAACCAUUGGCUCUCCUUGGUCAAUGGAGCCUCAGAUGCAAAACUUUACUAUUGAAGCUAUUGUCAGUUUACUCAAUGAAGCCCAACCAUUUGGAGACAAAACUAAGAGUAAAGACCAGGAUCGUCUGAAUAGGGCUGGGCUGCUGGAUGAUGUGGAUCAGGCUGAAUGUUUAACACCAGAAGAAUCUCGUCUCUUGAGCCGGUAUGGUGUGUGGCUGAUUGUUGGAUUGUGUGCUCCAACUCCAGAUACACCAAUAGAAAUGUUGGGUCGCAUCCUUGCUGCUUUGUGUCACUGGUUUAAUGCAACACAAUACCUCCCAGAUGAUCAGCAAGGAACAGCUAUAGAAAGACUGAAGUCAGAAUAUAUCCACAACUGGUUACAAGAGGUUUGCAAGACCCACUUUGAAGUCUUUGUUUCCUGCCUCAUGCCACACCCUGUAGAAUAUGCAAGAGUUGGUGGCCAUUGGGAUACACUGGCAACUCGUACGGAUCACAUCAAGGAAGGGUUCAAUAGGUUGUUCUGUCUUGUUCCCUAUGAACUUAUUACUGUCCAAGUGUGGGACCGCGUCAUGCCGAACUGGAUGGAGGCAAUUCACAAUGAAAUCCCAGAGGAAGAACUUACUGAGCUGAAAAUAACCUUAAGCAAACUUCUGGAUACUGAUAUGAGCCCACUUGGAUUUGAUGCUUCUCAAAUGUAUGGUUUCCUGAGUGUUCGAUUCAUCAAUACACCAGCCUCAGUGCAGGAACAAACUCUUUCAUGGCUUCAGAUCCUGUCAUCACUAAAUAUAGUGAUUCCGAUGAAUCUCUUGUUGACCAUGUUCAGUGAUGGUGUGUCCUCCCUGUGCAACCCUCCAGCUCCGGCAAGAAAGACUAGCACCAGUAAUAGAACCGAUUCUGCCAUUUUAGAGCCUGUGGUUGAGGAUGACUCUCACAGCAGCUCUGGCCUGUCUGAAGAUGAGAAGCCGCCAUCAGACCACCCAGAAGACCACUACUCCGACCCAGAGCUUAAUCUAACCUGUUUUGUGCUCAUGUUAGAUGUGCUCUUCAAACAGAUGGAAGUGCAGGAGGUUGAGAAACACCAAGGUGUAGAUGGAGCUGAUAGUAAAGUGGUUACAAAACUAUUGAAAGACAUGCUGAAUGCCCCUUGCAUGUCUCCACAUACCUGUGAUGGGGAGAGGGAGUGCACAACAUGUGAGCUGACUACAGCCUUCUUCCAGCUCCAGAUGGAUGUUGUAGCCUUUCUAUGCCCUAGGGUAGCUAUCCAGAACAACAGGGUUGCUGAUAUCAUCCCACAAGAGAUGGACUCUUCUCAAGCAAAUAAGAGUCCUGAGUUAUCCUCCCAGGAUCCUCCUACUGUAGCUUCCUCUCAGUCACCAAAGCCUGGUGUACACCCUCCUUCUAAGGAAGGAGGCCUUAUUUCCAUGAUGGUUAAUAUGCCACAGAUUGUAACUGCAACUGUGGAGACAGUCGGUGAACUCGACAUUGCUGCAAAUAUACCACAGGAACAUGUGGUCAAAGCAGUAGCAAGAGCUGUCACACUGACUGAAGAAGAUGUCGCACAUGCAACUGCAAAUGUUGCUCGUCCAAGUGUGGUAGACGAAGAUGAUAAGCCGAUUGACACAACUCAACAUAGUGAUGAGGAAUCUGACUCUUUCUGGGUCACCUCACAGGGCAAAUUCAAAUUUAAAAUGGAAGAAUUACCAUCUCACCUGCAAGUCAUAUACACCAUACUGAAGCGGCUGGAAACAACAGAAGAUGGUGAUGUUGUUUAUCAUAUGUGUGAGUGUCUGAAAUACUUGGUGCUUCAUGGAGAAGCCAUGGCUCAUGCAGCAAAUGAGCACAGAGGGUUUUUAAUUUGGUGUCAAGAAAAUAAGUCUAUCAAAAUCAUGUGGUCACUGAUAGAAGCUGAAUGGUCACAUGUUGCUGAGGUCUGCGUUUCACUGCUGCUGCACUUUGUAACUUUGCCAUGUGGUUCAGACAUAUUCUGGAAGUUGUGUGAAAACCAUUUCAACCAUCAGGAUUGGAAAGUCCGAUUUCAAGCAGUUGAAAAGGUGGUGGUCAUUGGACGGUUUUUGGGAUUAUCAGCUGUACGACAGUGUCCAGGACUGCAGGCAGCAAUUGCUCAUGCAUUUUGCUUCCUCAUUGCAUCUUUAGAUGAUAUUAAUGUUGCAGUAGCACAGCGAGCUUCUUUGUACUUGACAACUUUACCAGACUGUGGCCUGCGAGCACUUUGUUGGUGCUUAGAACAGCAGUUUGAUAGUGUUAUAAUGGACAGGCCUAUGAUUAUUCAGGCCCUUCAUCAGCUGAGCUCACGCCUUCCAGAUCGUAGAAUCUUGUCAUGGGAAUUCUUUUAUAAUCGAUUUGAUGCACUUUAUCUUGAAGCUCAGAUUGCACUUGAAAAAUAUGGAGACAUUGCAUUCCCAAGAGACCUGAAAAAUUCAGACAUGACAAGUGAUGUCUUUGAAAGAAAGUUAAGCAAAGCAAAGGAUGCUUUGACCUUGGUUCAGAGUGCAAGUGUUAGAACUCUCUCAGGAUCUCUUGGCACAAAAUGGCCGUACAAACGGACAAUGUCAGCACCAGCCAACAUGCUUAAUCGUGCGGUUGAGAAACAAGCAGAUGGAGGUAUGCGCUGCGGUGACGAUGGCUCAGUUGUUCACCAGCUGCAGCGUGCAAUGGAUCUGGAAGAGACUGAUAAGGACACUUUGCAUCUCCUGGUUUUCCUCUUCAUGCAGUUCCUGUCACAACCUCAACAUGUUGGAGGUAAUGAGGAUAAAGGAAGCGUAAAAGUGAUGAAUCUUGUCUUACGGCAUUUGUCAGUGCUGAUGGGCUUCAGUCCACAAGAGCGUUGCUUCUCCAUAUCACCAGCAAGACUCAGAUCAUCUCCAGUCUUCAAUGCUUUUCUGUCCAAUUUGCCUCACGUCUUGGAUCAUAACUUCUGCAUGGGAAUAUCACUACUACCUUCAUGCUUGCCAGUGCUGCAGUUCUGUGCUGCACCUCACAGAGUGGUUGACCUUCGUUAUCCAACAUUCAGUUUGUGGGGUCUUCAGCCUCAUGCAAGAAGGUGCUGGCUGAAAUCAGUUCUAACACUCCUGUAUAAAUAUGAAUACAGUCAGCACCCUCUAUCAGGACAAGCACUAUCUUUGGUGCGUAUUGUUCUUAACACUAUAGAAAAUCACUAUCACCGCUGCAGGAAGGUUGAUGAUCCAACCAUGUGUGCAGCCAGUUCAGCAUACUCAAGAGAAGUGAGCCAAGGCUCAAUUGGUGGUAAUGAAGGAGAUCAUCCUGUAGAGUCUCCUCCUCUUUCACCUGGGGCUCAUCCUGGGGGCCGCAUAACGCUCAUAACAGGAAGCCAUCAUGCAGACCCACGAGCUCAGUACUUUGUAGAUGCCAAGUCAGCUUUUGUUCCUGUUGGCCAAGAAUCCAAAAGUAUUCAGGCAUUACAUGGUCAUCACAAAUCUGCAACUGAUGAAGGCAGAAAACAGCGUAAAAAUAAUGAAUCUGUCCAAGGUGUGGACUGUGAUGAGGUAGAACCUGAGUUGGAAGCAAUACCAGAGAGUCCCAAGACUGACAGUCCUGUCUGCCAGGAAUCGUUGGGUGAGCUAGAAUCUUAUGAAAAUGUGGUCAAAGGAGAGAAAGCUGUAAUGUGUGUUGAGGAUAACCAUAGUACAAGAGGCUAUAUUAUACAUCCUCCUUGUGCAAUGCUGACACCUGCAACUGCCACUGCUUCUGUUGUAGUCCCUCAGGCCAUCCCCAUCCGGGCGCAAGUUGUCACCUCCGUCAUGGCUUCUCAGAUACAAGCAUUUGACGAAUCUUUCACUGUAAAGAUUCAUAAUGCAGAAUUGGCAACAAUGAGCCCUGCUCUCCGUGAUGAUGGAAAAAUCAUCAGUAGCAGCACACAAGGCAACAACAGUCAUAAUAGCAGUAACUGCCAGCAGAAAUGGAUUCUUGGUGGGGAUGACUGCCAAGAAGUUGAUAGCCCAGAGAAAACCAAAGUAGCACAAACCAAGCCCUUUGCCAAGCCCAAAGUCCAGCGAUUGAAGACGGUUGACCUUGGGAUUUUAGGCUACUCGGCAAGCUUGGACAACCAGCUACAAAAGAUCAAUGGACGUGAUAUGAAGACUCUCUCAGUUGUCAGUGGCGAGAUUUCACCCAAGUCUCAUCGUCCUGUGAGUCAAAAAACAACAGGGAAUGUGUUUCGACCUAUAGAGAACCAAAAUCGCUCAACAGCAGAAACUCAAGAAGGUUCCAUGAGAGAACGACUACUUCCUGUGGGAUUAGAGAGGUGUGGAACAAGUGACAGUGGAUGCCCAAAGGGUACAUAUCUGGAGCCCAGGGUAAACAGGGCAGUGUUUAGUGAAGUACCCAAAUUGGAGCAUGUGGAAGCUACAGUCACAGAGACAAGUAUCUAUGAUCCCUCUGUUAUACAAGCAGUGAAUCAAGGAGAGACAAGAAGAGUUUCUGACGAAAAGGAAGGAUCAGUUCAUUCAGGCCACAUCCAUCACCAGUCACCUCAGUCUCCACUGUCUAUGAUGGACCUCAUGACACUUGGUUCUCCAGUUGAACUUGAUGGCAUGACAAGCACGACAGAUUCCCCAAAUACUGAACUUGUGUCUCCUCCAGAAGUUCUUGAGUUGCCAUCCCGUGAGGUCCUCUUACCUGUUGGAGGAGAGAAGACAACUCCAAUCAAGAAGCACGAAGACCACCAGCCUGGGUCUAUACUCGAGCGAGUGUGGCAGGCCUUCGGAGGCUGGGCUAAUGGCAGCAAAAGCAACAACCAGAGCAGCAGCGAAUGUGAAUUGGUUGAGGUUGUUGCACACAAAGAUACUCAGAAACAAGGAAAAACAAAGCAAAAUUUGAAAAGCCAAAGGGUGCUCAUGGAUAAGCAAGAUCAACUGAACACAUCAACAGAGGAAACCACAGAUACUUCUAAUUCAGGAACAACUACAAAUAAUUCAGGUCCAGGUGAUACAUGUCCACUUAAAAGUGGAAUGCGUGGCAAGAGUAAGCCAACAGCCGCUGAAACCGAAGAUGAAGUAUUGAAUGAUACCUAUAGAUGGAGUGACAGGAAUGAAAUGCCAUCUGUUCGUGGAGGUGUUACUAAUGGCAACCCACCUGGAGCCCCUCCCCCCUCCUCUAUCAAGCAGUCAUAUCUGAGGGUUGGCGAGGACUGCAUGGUUUACAGAUGUAUGGAGUGUGGUGAAAUUUUAGAAGAAUUUUCCAAUGACGAUCUUGGCUUAUGCAUAAUCAUCUUAUCAACCUUUGUGUAUCGCCAGCCAGGUUUGGCUGCACCACUGCUCCCCAGGAUGCUAAAGACUGUAGCCAGAGUUGCAGGCAGUGAGGUAUUUUCCUGGCAGUAUGAAAACUGCAUCCAUUUACCAGGUUCUGCCACAAGUAUCGGUAGACAGUUCUUGCGCUGUGUCCUCCAUCAGCUCGCACCCAAUCAAAUAUUUAAUCAAAUAUUUUACACCAAUGUUGAAGAGCACCAGCGACUGCAGCUUUUUAAAACUUUAGCACAGGCUUUGAUGGACUUCAAUGAACUAAAUCCUUCUGCUCCAAUUCAGCUUCUUCUGGAGACUCAAAAUGCCAAGAAAGUAUUGCCAACAGAGAAUCUUACCCAUCUGUUGGGAAAUGUUGCAUCGUACAUGGAAGGGGUUAUACACGAUGGAGGGGGUGGCCUGUCCUCAAGUCUUGUGCCACUUUUUGAUACCUUCCUAAGGAAGGUGCUGCUAUGUGUCAGUGAAUUACCUGAUUUGAAUCCAGUGUUGAGGGUCAUCGUUGCAACUCUAAAGAUUCCAGGAGUGUCAGCCCAUAAAAGUAUCUUAGAUCCUGUGUCCAAACUUGUCAGCCACUCGAUUCAGAAUUCUACAAUCAAGUAUGACCACUUGAGUGACCUCUGCUAUAUCUGCAACAGAAUCUUCUCAAGGGAAAGAGACAAGCUGCUUCUUCCGCGAUUGGUUGUGUAUGAGUUAGUUCAAGCACUGAAGUUCAAGACCUCAAUCCCUGACACUAAUUUAGUGCUCCUCGUGCAGUUGGUCGUGCAGGAUAGUGGAGGAACUCUGGGUAGUAACAGUGUUGUUGGAGAUCUUCCCAAGAAUGUUCAAGAUAUUCACAAUCUUCCAAAUACCUGUGCUGCUGAGUGUAUGCGAUCUCACCUGCACGAUGCUCUUGAAUUCAUUGCUGAUGUUCAUACUCUUACAAAGGUCAAGUUGGGAGAAAUGGUAAACUUACACUUCCUUAGUCUGAUGGAAGCCCUUCAUGAGUGUCAAUCAACUGUUCUUACCAAGUUGCUGCCUCUUUGGGCCCCUGUCCUGUACACCCACCACAUUAAGCUGCCGGGUCAGCUGGCAGUACGACUCCAGGUGUGCCAGAAUGCAGCUCCUCCCUUGGACCAAGAAGUACCUGGUUGUACUACAACUGUACCCAACCUACUUCGCUGGCUUCAUCACCAAUCACUGAUUAGUGCUGAUUCUGCAUUCCAUGAGGUUACAAGCAUCAUUAGAGAAAUGGCCAUUGAUUUAAAAGAAGCUUGCCAUUGUUCAUUUAGUUCCUUAUGGAUUCAGAGAUGUGUUAACUUUGAAGGACAUGCUAUACCUGUCAUAUCUGGCUUGGUUGGGGCUUUAGAGGGCUGGUUAUUUAUGUCAGGUUACUAUGAUUUCCACAUUACAUUUUAUGUUGUUUUCAUGAUUAGUGUCCUUGUGUCAGCUACUCAGAUUGUCCUAUGUGACUGUCUUGAAGCAUGA